UGCAUUCACUUCUCACACUCUCUCGUUUAUAUUAAAAAAAAAACAAAUAAUUAAACCAUCGAUUCUCUCUCUUUCAUCAUCUUCUUCUUCUUCUUCUGUCUGCAGAGCUCGCAGGGAGAUAGAGAAAGAAAGGUUUAGAGUGCAGUGUGGGCGCACGGUGCUUCUCUAAUUUCUUAUCCUACGCCUUUCCGCCUUGUUUCUUAUCCUGCGCCUCUCCACCUUUUGUUCCUGUAUCUCAUGGACGCUUCUUCUCCAAGGAACAAAACAUCAUCUGGUUAUUUCUCACUAUAAAAUUCAAAGCGUUUUCCGCAUUGAAGAACCGCGUUUGCGUUUCGGAUCUUAAAUUAGCGUUUCUUGAAAUGCUCUGGAUCACGAGAUUCUCUGCAUUUUUCUCCGCCGCGAUGGCAGUGAUCAUCCUAUCUCCGUCGCUUCAGUCGUUUCCUCCCGCGGCGGCGAUCCGUUCGUCAUCGCAUCCGGAUCGGAGUUUAAUCUCAUCCUUCAGAAAAUCUCCGGCCUUCCGCAACGCCGACGACGAAUGCCUCUCCUCCGCCGCGGACUCCAACGUCUGCAACCCUUCCUUAGUCCACGUGGCGAUCACACUCGACGUCGUGUACCUGCGCGGCUCAAUCGCAGCCGUCAACUCCAUCCUCCAGCACUCGCUCUGCCCCGAGAACGUCUUCUUCCACUUCAUCGUCUCGGAGACGAACCUGGAGUCGCUGGUGCGGUCGACUUUUCAAGAACUCAAAUUCAAAGUUUACUAUUUUGCCCCCGAGACGGUUCGCGGUCUGAUCUCUUCCUCCGUGAGACAAGCACUGGAGCAGCCGUUGAAUUACGCUAGAAACUACCUCGCGGAGCUUCUCGAGGAUUGCGUUAGCCGGGUCAUAUACUUGGAUUCGGAUCUCAUCGUGGUCGACGACAUAGCCAAGCUCUGGAAAACGGGUCUGGGUCCGAGGAUAAUCGGAGCUCCGGAGUACUGCCACGCGAAUUUCACUAAAUACUUCACGGGAAGGUUCUGGUCGGAGGAGAGAUUCUCCGGGACGUUUCGAGGGAGGAGACCUUGUUACUUCAACACGGGAGUGAUGGUGAUAGAUCUCAAGAGGUGGAGACGUGGUGGGUACACGAGGCGUAUCGAGAAGUGGAUGGAGAUUCAGAGGACUGAGAGGAUCUACGACCUCGGCUCCCUCCCGCCCUUUCUCCUUGUUUUCGCCGGUCACGUCGCUCCCAUUCCGCAUAGGUGGAACCAGCAUGGUCUCGGUGGGGACAAUGUUAGAGGUAGCUGUCGUGAUUUGCAUCCUGGUCCGGUGAGCUUGCUUCAUUGGUCUGGUAGUGGCAAGCCGUGGUUAAGGCUUGACUCCAAACGUCCUUGUCCGUUAGAUGCUCUAUGGACGCCUUACGACCUGUAUCGACACUCGCUUUGACGAGCUACACAGCAUGCCAUUUGGUGUUAUAUUAUGAGGAGACUGGAGAAUAGAGGAAGUUUCAUCGGCUAUUUACCGGUUCGGAAGAAAAUCAGAAGGUAGCUUUUGUUUGUAGAAGAUGAAAACCCUUAACCGGGUAAAAUGGGUUUGGUUUAGCUAAACCGGAGACAAUUUGAGAUGUGGGGGUUGGAUCAUUUUUUGUUGGGGAAAAGAAAAAACAGAAUUAGGUUAUUCAUGUGGAUGAGACUUUGUUGUUCUUAUCAUUAAUUUGUUUUCCUUAUAUA